AUGGGUAGUGCCCGGUUCUGGGAGCUGCAGCAUAACGCUAUGUUUGGGACCAAGGCUGUGCCGUGGAAACCAGUUCCUAUUGCCAACAAGGAGAGCCAUGGCAGACACAGUGGGUCUGAGGAGACCUUCCCCCUGGGGUACCCCUUCUCUGAGCAAGGCACUCUUGCAGAAGACCAUACCUGUCAGACACAGCCAGUCCGUAGAGGGUCUGACUCAGACCCACCAAAGGGCGCACUUACCGUCAGGAGAGCUCAGACGAUCUGCACUGGAGGAGCACAGACAGCCCGGGGUGGGCAUGUCUGCGAGCAGCCAGUGCACGAAAAGGCCUUCAAAUGCCACCACGAGUGAGGCAAAGCAUUCCCCUGGAGCGCCAACCUCUGGGAGCAUCAGCUCUGCCACAAGGAGAAGCCCUUUUUCUGCCGUGAGUGUGCCAAGGGGUUCAGCUGCCACUCAUCGGGCAACGUGCACCACCGCACCCACACCCACGGGCGGUGUGGCCCUUACAAGUGCUGCGCCUGCCAGAAGGCCUUCAGCGGCCUCAGCUCGCUGCUCAGCAUGCACCGCAGAGAGCACCAGGGAGAGAGGCCAUACAUGAGCCGUGAGUGUGGCAAGGCCUUCAACCAGGGCCCACGCCUCAUCCGCCACCUCGGGAUCCACACAAGCAGGUACGGCUAAGCCUUCGCCUGCCGCUCUUCGCUCACGGGGUACGAGGAGAUCCACAGCGGUCACAAGCCAUUCAAGUGCGAGUUAUGCAUCCAUCAGCCGCGCCUCAGGCUUGCCCUCCACCAGAGGACGCACACCAGAGAGAAGCCAUUCAAGUGCCCCGAUGGCACCAAGGCCUUCAGCUGCCACUCGUACCUCGUGGUGCACCAGUGCGUCCACCCCGGCGAGAAGCCCUACAAAUGCCACCAGUGCAGCAAACACCAACCACCAGAAGAGAGGGCUUUCAGGAGCAGCGAAGAGUGA